UUUACCUUCCCACCGCAGCAGUACCUAUUAAUCUACUUGCACAGGCGUGCUUUCGAACUGCUAGGUUGGCAGGAGCAGGGACAGAGCAACGGGAGCUCACCCCAUCACAGGGGUUCAAACUGCCAUCCUUCCGAUCAGCAAGCCCAAGAGGCUCAGUGUUUUAGACCACAGUUCAACCCGCUACCUUUCAACUCUGUACUUGUGUGAUUCUGAUUGCUGGCUACACCUUCUCUGAAAAAAAAACCCCUCAAGCGUCCUCCUUAUGUUUUGGAUCUCCGUUUAAAAAACAAACAAAAAACUUUUGCUCUUUAGGGCAAGAAUUCCCCAGCUUAUGUUAUCGGGCAUCAUAAAACCCUGUGACCGUUGGAGUUACUGAUUAACGCCUAUCCCUGCCUUGGGUUUUUUGUUUUUUUUAAAUGACAACCACCACGACAUCACUGCCUUUCCCGGAGCAAGCGGGAUGUUCGGAGAGCAAACAAAGCCUUCGCUCUGUGUUGGCCGGACAAAGCGCCUUUAUAAAAGGAGCUUCGAAAUGCACACAUGCAGUCUGAAGGGGGCUGCUGUCCUGUCGCUGCGGCCGCCAUUGUCUCCUAUGGAAGGCUCCAGGGAUCACUUACAUACUGAGAGCGAAACUGUCUCUCCAGGCAGGGAGACAGGGCAGCUGGGGAUGGCAGAAGGCGACGCUGCGGAAAUGGACGUGCCGGAGACAUCCAAAAGCCCAAUACACCAAGAGGAUGCUUGUCCAUUAGAUGAGGCUGAUCCUACAGAAGAGGGCAAGGGUUGCUGUUCCCCUGCCGCGGAAGGCCCCGAUCCAGAUGCUGCCCAGUUAGGCACUCCAGAACCGGUACCCUCAGCACCCUUGGAGCCGCCCGCUUUGACGGAGACUUCUGUGCCGCCGGUGGCUGACCUGUGCCACCCGCGCCCCUCCAAAGUCUCGCUGGCCGAGAUGGACUGCCUCAUCUGCUUCAACCGGUACAGUGCCUGCCGCCUGCCCAAAGUCCUGGCCUGCCAGCACGUCUUCUGUGCCGUCUGUUUGAAGCUCAUCCUGCGGAACGAAGACCACACCUGGGUCGUCAGCUGCCCGCUCUGCCGGAAGGCCACCGUCGUUUUCGGAGGCCUGAUCUGCAGCCUUCACGACAAGGAGGACGUGGUGGGCCGGCUGGGCAGCCCCGGCCUGGACGCCGAGGUCCCCUGUCCGCCAGACCCUCCUGGCACUGGCCUGGCUGAGGGCAACCCCGCCUCUGAGAAUGAUGCCAACAGGGGACCAAGCCGGGCAGCGGCCAAGAGGCUGGUGCUGCUCCUGCUGCUGGUGGCUGUCCUUAUCGUCCUGGUCCUCCCCUUCAUGUACACGGGGAUGUUGAAGUGGGUGCUGUGCUCUGUGGUGGUCCUGGGGCUCAUCAUGUCGGUGCUGCUUUGCUGCAACCCCAGCUGGAGCUGCCCAGAUCUCUUGCGGUCUCCCUGGAGGUGGAAGGAGAGACAGGAGGCGCCGGUUGCUUGAAAAGACCUCCAUGCUGUGGUUUCCUUAUUCGCGGGUCGUGAGCAUUGCGUGGGCCCCAUCUACGGAUCCCGUGUGUUUGGGGAACGUCGUAGUGGUUGAGGUUUCUCACUCGGGGACCUUGUGCCAGGGCAUCUGCUGGGAGAAGGACCAACAGAGGCCUUCCUUCUUUGGGUCAUCGUACAGAUCAGGCAGAGGCCCGUCCUGUCGCUGGACCAGAGGGUGAGGAGGGUGGAGAGUUUGCUAACACAACCCCUGGUGCCUGUUCCCGUUGAGCCACAGCCCCGCAUGCCCCACAGCGGGAGCCUACAGAGAGACACAAGCACAGCUCCCUAUUGAGUUUUGGGUGGUUUCACCCAAAGACCGCUUGCCUCGCUGAAUGAUUUGUUGUUGCCAGAGAAUGUCUGGCUCUGUUUCGCUGCAAGGCAACCAAGCUUCUGGCUUGAAGAAAGCGGGGUCGGACCUCUCCGUGGAGUGUGGUCAGUGGCUGUUAAGCAUGUCAACUAAGUAGAACCUCCAUGCGCACAUGCGGUCUACCUGUGAACGCUGAAAGGCCGAUAGCAAAGGCUGCUGCUUUCACGUUCUGCUUCUCCAUGGGCAUAUGAUGGGCUGCUGUGACCACAGCAUGCUGGACUAGAUGGGCCUAGAUCAGGGUUGGAGGAGCAUCUGUGGUCUUCUGGAUAUUGCUGGACCACAAA